AUGAUGUUGGUAGGUUCUACUAUUUUUGCGGAUAAGACAUUUACUUUGGUCGAGGCCCGGUAUUUGCCACUGUUUAGAGACCUACGUGGGCUUAGUUCCUACAGUUGGGCAUCUGCUGCACUGGUCACUCUUUAUCGCCACCUUGGAGAUGCAUCUAUGUUUAGUUGCAAGCAACUCGGUGGAUAUCCUACUUUGCUACAGGAAAGGAGAAAACCAAGGCCAUCUGACAACCAAGGGCUUCCGCGGGCGAUGAGAUGGUCCUACAGGCAAGGAGCCAUCAAGGUGGAUGCGUAUAGACCGAUAUUGGACCAGUUGACACCUACAGACGUCGUAUGGCGCCCAUUCGAGGAUCAUAGACCUCAUCGAGCUUUUAACGAGCUAUCUCUGUGUCUUCGUCAGUUUGGUUAUCGCCAGUAUAUUCCGCCUGUACCUCCUGCAUAUACGCUCAGCAAUGAUGAGAUUGCUGUGGAGUGGAUUUCCUAUGUCCAGAGUGUGACAGAUGUGAUUAGAGAUACCGAGCCAGUGGGAUACCCUCAUGAGACGGUUGAUGGAUAUUUAGAGUGGUAUUACCGCGUGGAUUUCCUAUAUUCCGCCUGCACCUCCUGCAUAUACGCUCAGCAAUGA